ACCAGCUGCGGUCUGUCCUCACGUCCGGGUCACCAGCCGCGGUCUGUCCUCACGUCCGGGUCGCCAGUUGCGGUUUGUCCUCACGUCCGGGUCGCCAGCUGCGGUCUGUCCUCACGUCCGGGUCACCAGCUGCGGUCUGUCCUCACGUCCGGGUCAUCAGCAGUGAACAGCAAGGAGGCGAGUCUGUCAGCCGGAGGACGGCUUGGCAGCUCAAGACAAUAGCGCAGCGGCUGCACUAGGCAUUUAAACAGCUGCGACUUGUCGACGCUCUCGUGUCUGGAGCCGUCUGCCCUCGCCACUGGAGUUCCCAGUGAUGUGCGCGCUAGGCUGGUCGGCGGUGUGUGUGGUUUGGAUGAUGACGUCGACGGUGGAGAACGCCCGGCCCUCGCUCUGCUCCCUGCCGUGCUGCGAGUUCACACCGGACUGCGAAAGCGCAACAACUGUGAACUGCACCUGCCCCAGCAUAACGCAUCCGCUCUCUCUGUCCGAGGGCUCCGUCCCACUGUCUUCGAAGAACAUUGUGAUUUUUAGGACAGCCAACGUCACCAUCAGCCAACAUGCCAUAUACGGCCUGCAAACGUUAGAAAGGCUUGUGCUCAGGCGAAUAACCAAUUUAUCGAUUCGGCUCAAGGGUCUGCGGCGGCAGACGCACGGACGCAAGUUUUUGCUUCAAGUUCACUACGUCACUGGGCUGCACAUACUGCAGUCUUCCCUUACCGGUGGCUGGCAUCAAGAUGCCGAGAUUUCCAUCCAAAAUAUUAAAGUACUAGAAAUGGAAUCUAAAGCCUUUGACUUUGCCACAUCAACCGGCCCAAGGUUGAAGGUAAGGAACGUCGAGCGUUUAGUAGCUUCUUCAGAUGCUUUUCAAACACGGAUUAGUGAAAUGUCCGUAGUGAAUGUCGACAUGCCGGAAUGCCGAAAACGAACAUUUAGAGGUAGCAUUUGCCAUUUGGAGGUCAGAAAUCUACGGAUUGGUGCUGCAAAGGAAGGGUGCGUGAAUGGGUCCAUGGGCUGGUCACACCUCGCUCUACACUCCUGCGAUAUUCAACGAGUGCAUCCCUCCGCGUUCUUCGGCACCAUCCAGGACGUGGUAAUAAAUGGCACCACCGUGAAAACAAUUACUAGGACCGGCUUCCACCUGAAUGUGACAAACCUACACAUACACAACUCCACAAUCAGGGACUUAAGGUUCAUGGGGCUGGCGGUAGAGGCGCGGGGCUCGAUUCACCUAAGCGACUCUUCCAUACUGCUCGCACACCGGAAGUCACUGGCCGGGCUGCGCGUCCGCAGGAGACCCGACGGUCAUGGGCAGCUCCUAAACAUUCACAAACUCAGCAUUCACGAAGCGAGGAACGGGUCCUUGACGUUCGGCCGUGACGUGCACGUCCGCGUGGGCGACCUCGUCGUGGACAACGCCGGCGCGUGUCCGACCGAGGACCGGGUGCGUAAGCUGACGGGCGCGCCUCCGACCGGUCGACUCAGCCAGGCGGAGCUCCAGGUGCUCCUGCAGCUGCGCCGGCGGUGCCCCGCCGACAGCCAUGGCUGGCCGCCAACCUCCGGCGGCUGGCUGCUGCUGUACUGCGGGCUCGCCGGCCUGCUGGCUCUGGCUCUGGCUCUGGCUCUGGCGGCGGCGCUGUGCGCCCGGCGACGAAGACUGCGAGCUGCCCGGACCCGGUCGCGCCGGUCGCCUGCGCGCCGCCUCUCGUCGACGGAGCUGCGCCGGACCGACGCAGCCGGCCGCGGUCUCAACGGUCCGCAGACGCAGACGCCAGGCUCUGCGACGGACGGCCUCUACGAGCAGAUCGAGGACCACCAACAGCCGUCUUCUCCGGCCGGUCCGGAGUCCCGACGGGGCCGGCCCCCGUCACUGAGGCCUCUCGAGGCGCCCCCACCCCCACCCGGAAUGGAACUCGACGGGCAGCGGCUGUCGGCGGUGGAAAUGCUGGAUAAUGAAUUGUACGCCCCCACGACGUAUCGGGGGCCACAGUGACGUCGUUGUGACGGCAUUGGUGCCAUCGGCAAGGACGUUAAACGGUCGAAACCGAUGUUGUGUGCGUUGCUGCAGCGACCCCUGUUCACUUGGUCGAUUUUGUAUCUAUGUUUGUGUGCUGUUCUCAUGCAUCAAUGCUGGGGUAAGGGUGCUGAACCGAUAUGGCCGGUGCUAGCGUACGUACGUGACAGCCGUCUUCGUUUUUUCGAAUUUGUAUCAGCAUUAGUGAGUUCUUUUCAUUCAUGUUUUCUUCGAGGCCAGCGGUGCAUUUUCGUCACUGGCAGCGCAUGAACAAGCAUAUUUAGGCGCUGGCCAGAUUUCAUGCAGGAAACAGCACAGAUGUGCCCACAGAAGAGUGCAAACGCCAAGCUUUGGGCCCGUGCUUGAUGUUGAAAGUGGACUAGCAGCCUUAAUCUGCAAAUAUUUCCAUGCCAUGAUGGUGGAAAUGUUUUCCGUUCCGGCGCACACGGGUUGCUGUGCUGUGCAAUACAGUAUGUUGGAGCGCUUCGUAUUUGACAGGACAUGAAUGAAAAAUAAAAAAUUGG